AUGGCAUAUCUCAAGAAGUCUACGGGCCAACGAGAGCCCAAGCCGCAGCACGCCAUCACCGUGGCCGUGUCGUCGCGGGCGCUCUUCGACCUGGUGGAGGAGCGGCGCAUCUACGAGGAGCAGGGCGUGGAGCGCUACGUGACCUACCAGCAGGACAACGAGAACGUCACCCUCAAGCCCGGGCCCGCCUUCAACUUCGUCAAGGCACUGGAACAUGUCAAUGCUCGACUUCGUGAGCUGUACCCUGAUGAUGAGGAACUAUUUGAUAUUGUUCUGAUGACUAAUAACCAUGCCCAAGUGGGAGUGAGACUCAUAAACAGCAUCAAUCACUAUGGUUUAACAAUUGAACGUUUCUGCAUGACUGGUGGAAAAAGCCCUGUUGGUUACCUGAAAGCGUAUCUUACCAACUUAUAUCUUUCUGCUGACUCUGAAAAAGUUCAGGAAGCCAUAGAAGCAGGCAUUGCGUCAGCUACAAUGUUCUCUGCAAAUAAAGAUGUGCCCUUCUGUGAUAACCAGCUGCGGGUGGCAUUUGAUGGGGACGCUGUUCUCUUUUCUGAUGAGUCAGAGAAGAUUGUCAAAGAGCAAGGACUAGACAGAUUUUUUGAACAUGAGCAGCUGAAUGAGAAUAAGCCUCUUGCACAGGGUCCUUUGAAAGGUUUUCUGGAAGACUUAGGGAAGCUCCAAAAGAAAUUCUAUGCAAAAAAUGAACGACUAGAUUGUCCUGUAAGGACCUACCUUGUCACAGCCAGAAGUGCAGCAAGUUCUGGAGCCAGAGUGCUGAAGACUCUCCGUAGCUGGGGCUUGGAGAUUGAUGAGGCACUUUUCCUUGCAGGAGCUCCUAAAGGACCAGUCUUGGUGAAGAUCCGGCCUCAUAUUUUCUUUGAUGACCAGAUGUUUCACAUUGAAGGAGCACAACAGCUGGGUACUAUAGCGGCGCACGUACCUUACGGUAUUGGUCAGAAAUACCACAAAUCCAAACCUAAUGACAUCAGUGUUAAGAAGUAGCUUCCCUUAACUUAACAAGUCUCUAAUACAUACAUAACUAUGUCUGAAAACUGUACCUUUUUAUUUUAUAAGCACUGUGUUUAAAAGUUUAACCUCACUGGCUAUAUCAAUUUUAAAAGGAAAUAUUUUUUAUUACAAGCAUGUUUUACUGUAAUAAUAUUCUUAAGCAGUCUUGGGUUGUUUUUUUUUUACCAAUCUGGAGCUAGCACACUACUUUCUUAAUAUUAAGAAAAGAUUUCUACUGCUUUUGUGAUUUAAGCUAUACUUCAGAGAGAGAGAUGCAUGUAUACAUUCUCUGAAAGGGUUAUGAACAGAUUAUUUAUAAAAAUAAUUUUGCUGCCUAGUGAACAUAUAUAGGUUAUUCUUGAGAUGACCAAAAGUUCAGUUUACCUAAUGUGCAGUUAUGUUUACUUUUUCAGGGCCGCCUUGUUGGAUAUGUAUUUAGUGAUUUUGUCAUUAUGAGCAUUUGAGUUCUAUGGGUGACUGUAGUUUCAGUAGAAAAUGUUAGUUUGUUUGACCUUGUGUUUACAGGAGCCUUUUAUUUUUCUACACUUUUUUUCCUACGCUAAUAAAGCUGGUUUUACAGAA